AUGAAGAAGAAGAUGAUCUUUGUGGACAAGUAUGCACUUUUCUUCAAUGAAACUCUCUUUAUUAUCAACGCCUUUAUAUCUGCUGAGGUGAUCACCAACGAGCACGUGGUGGCCAUGAUGAAAGCCGCCAUCAACGAGACGGACGCGGUGCCGCCAUUUGAGCCCACCAUGACUCGAUCCAAGCUGAAGGAGGUGGUGGAGAAAGGCGUGGUCAUCCCCACAUGGAACAUGUCUCCUAUCAAGAAGAGCAGCGAUGUUUACAAGGUUCCCCAGUUUGCAGACAUCCCUCUGGCUGAAGAAGACUCGUCUGAUGAAGAGUAUCGUCCUGAUGAGGAGGAGGAGGACGAGACAGCAGAAGAUACGCUGCAGGAGAGCGACUUGGAGAACGCGGCGUCGCCCCCUACAGGACGUGCGGUGCAGCGCCCGCCUGCUACCAGGAAGCCCCCUUGCACGCCCUGCAGCCAUUUUACUGCCAUGGCUCCGCCCCGCCUGCCCAAAGCCCCGCCUCCCCGGGUGGUGACGGACACCACCUUCCUGGAGAAGCUUCAUGCUGUGGAGGAGGAGCUGGCUGUCUGCAUGGAACCAUACCAGUGUCAGCCCCUGUCACAGUCAGAGGAGGAAGUGGGGCUCAUGGCGUAUCGGACCCGCUCAAAGCGUCCUCUACGUGACGUCCCGCUGGGACAACUGGAGGCGGAGCUUAGAGCGCCUGACAUCACACCUGACAUGUACGACUGUGGCUCCGCCCCCGAGGACAGAGAGUGGACUGUUUGGUUGAGAAGCUUGAUGAGCUCCGAGAUGAACAACAUUGACGAGGAGUGUGACGAUGAAGAUGACCCAGAGUACAACUUCCUGGCUGACGUAGAUGAACCAGACCAGGAAGAUUACCGUGACGACAAGGCAGUCCGCAUCACCAAAAAGGAAGUGAAUGAACUGAUGGAGGAGCUGUUUGACACGCUGAAGGAGGACAUGAGGGGACAGGAAGUGGAGGAGGACGCUCAUGAAGAGGAGGAGGAGCAACAGGAAGACACACACCUGUGUCAGGUGUCCACAGCAGGAGCACAUGUGACACAGGAUGGACCAAUCAGAGAGCGGCGUACAGUCAAGCAGCAGCUGGCCUUCAUCAGGAGCACACAGCACACACACACACACUCUUACACACACACACUCACGCUGGACACACAACACAGGAGCAGACUGAAACAGCAGCUGCAACAGCACGUCCAAAUGUUGACUCAGAUCCACCUGCUGACUUCACCUGUGCACCAACUUCAGAGUGAAGCUGAAACCACCAGACACUACCUGUUUGAGUUGGAGAUGUUGGCGCAAAGAGGCGAGAUGAUGACGUCAUCGCUUGGCCCCGCCCCCAGCAGCGCCUUCAGAGCCUCCAACCUGCAGGGGGCGCUGGUGCUGCUGGAGGAGCUCCGCCCACUUCCUGUCACCUGCCCAGCACGCCCACACACACCUGAUGCCCGCGGGCAAGUGCGCUCCUACCCCGUCAUGCCCGCCCACCUGGCGUGGAUCUUUGCCACGCGUCCAGUCUUCCUCUACCCUCAACUCCUGCCAGGUGUCAGUCUGGAUCCUGCUCUCUACUGCCCCCGCAGGACCGCCGCCUUCACUGCAGCAGAGGACUGCUUGCUGGUGCUGGGUCUGAGGAACAUGGAGGGGUCAUGUGACCCCACCAGGCUGGUGUCUGACUACCUGCUGGGCAAAGGUGUGGCACAGGUGAGACGCAGGAUCCUGCAGUGUUGCAGACCUGGCACCCCCAACAACAUGGUCAAGGCCUUCAGGUACCAGCGUGUGCUGCGGGUCAUGCCGCCCACCUGUCGUCAUGGUGACGCUUCAGAGCCACGCCCCCCAGUGGAGAGGGACUUGAACAUCAUGCCUCUGUGGUUGCAGAGGAGUCUUCCCGUUGUCACGGCAACAGCCCAACAAAAUGGCUACCCACCCCACUGCCCCCCAAAUCUGGAGUUCCGGCGUGUGGGUUUUGUUCGCCGUGUGUCAACCAAUCAGAAGAGACAAGGUGGGGCCGGAGAGACUCCUCCCCCUCCUGAGGCCCCCGCCCACACGGACAAGCAGACAGGCCACCAGGCGGAGCUUGACUCGUCAGGACCCCCAACAAGCUCCGCCCCCCGCCAGUCUGAAGGGCGUGUGAAGGAAUUGUGGGCGCUGUCUCCCAUGGCAACAGGCGGCCCAAAACUUGCAGUUUCUGCCAAGAAUGUUUGCACGGGCGCUAACGGAGAAAGACUCGUCACCUGGACCCGCCAAGCAGACCGCACCAUCCUGACUGCGUGUCAGCAGCGAGGAGCCAGACCCAGAACCUUCCGCCAAGUCUCCGCCCAGCUGGGAAACAAGAGCGCCCAACAGGUGCGUCUGCGUUUCCACCAGCUGGUUCACCUGUUCCACUCGGCCACCGCCCAGGACCCUGAACCUGAACCGGACCCAGACCCAGAACCUGGCUGACAUUCUGCCGGUCUUUGAAGAAGCAAAGAAUCCUCUGAAAAAUUCACAUUGAAUUGAAAAUAAAACUUGAUGUUUUUAAAAUAUUCUUUAUUGAAAUAAAAAGUUGCUGACAUCG